AUCAGCCAAAUACCAGUUCUUGCGGCGGCGUGUACAGAACUGUGUGUUGAGCUGACAAAACAUUCACAUUUUUUGACAACUACACUACAGUAGCGUUACACAUUUCUCUAGAAUACACCAUGUCUAGGAGGAGACGAUUGGAGGAUGAUGGAGAUGAUGACUCCAGGAGUCAGAAACGCCGAAGGACAACUACUGAUCAGAACGAGAUUGAAGAGAGACUGGAAUCGCUCAUCACAAGAGUUGGAGAAAAGAGUACGUCGUCCUUGGAGAGUAACUUGGAAGGAUUGGCAGUUGUGCUGCAGGCUGACCUCCCCAACUACAAGCUGAAAAUCAUCAGUAUCUUACGUGAAUGUGCGGUUGAACUGCCAGAGAAGCUGAGUGUCUACACAACGUUGGUUGGACUCAUCAAUGUGAAAAACUACGGAUGUGGGGGAGAUUUUGUGGAGGAUUUGUGGGUGCACCUGCGAGAUCUCAUGAAGGCUAAUGAGUGGGACAAGGCGCGCACCCUAACGCGCUUCCUGGCCGACCUUGUCAACUGCCGCGUGGUGGACGUCUCCUCCAUCGUGGUGCUCUACGAAGCGUUCGCCAACGUCACGCUGGAGGAGGGCAUCCCCCAGGUCCGCUCAGAUUGGUUCGUCUACGCGAUUCUCUCCAGCCUCCCAUGGGUUGGAGCGGAGAUUUCAGAGAAAAAAGAUGAGGAAUUGCAGAAAAUACUGAACAAGAUUGAAAGUUACCUCAGGACAAGGAAAAAAGAUCAUGUAGCGAUGCUGAGGGUGUGGCACAGUGACAGCCCCCAUCCGCAAGAAGACUUCUUGGACUGCCUGUGGGCCCAGACCGUCAAGCUCCGCCAAGACGACUGGACCCACCAGAGCCUCCUGCGUCCCUACAUGGCCUUCGACAGUGUCCUGUGUGAGGCCCUCCAGCAUACCCUGCCAGCCUUCACUGUCCCUCCCCACUCCCCCGACGACAGCUUCUAUCCACUCCCCAGGGUGGUCUUCAGGAUGUUUGACUACACCGACGCGCCUGAGGGGCCUACCAUGCCUGGGCAUCACUCCAUUGAACGGUACCUGGUUGAGGAGCAGUUGAGUUGCAUCAUCAAUGCCUACAUCAAGGACCGCAAGGAAUGUGCCAUUCAGUUAGUGAGUUUCCACGGCAAGGCCAAAGUGCCGCUCAACUACAUGAUCGUGGAGGUGGUGUUUGGCCAGGUCUUCAACUUGCCCCAGGCUGUCAAGCAGGAGGUAGCCUACACCGCUCUGCUGCUCGAGCUCUGUAAACUGCAGCCCGGCUCCCUGCCUCAAGUCCUUGCUCAAGCCUCCGAGUUACUGUACGAGAGACUGGACACCAUGAAUCUCAACUGCAUCGAUCGCUUUGUCAACUGGUUCUCACAUCAUCUCAGCAACUUCCAGUUCCGAUGGAGCUGGGAUGAAUGGGCUGACUGUGUCAGCAUGGAUCUGGAGAUGCCCAAACCAAAGUUUGUGCAGGAAGUCCUAGUGAAGUCUAUGAGAUUGUCCUAUCAUCAACGCAUUGUGGAGAGCCUCACCAACCCUGAGCCCUUCACUCCGCUAAUGCCACCCAAACCUGUGCCUGUCUACAAGUACAAUGAGGAAGGGGCCGGUUCCUUACCUGGCACCAUGAUUGCGCAUAAACUCAUGGAGACCAUCAAGGCAAGGGCAACCACCUCUGAGGUCACGGCUGUCCUGGACGACGUGCCCAACCCGACCCAGGACCCGGACAGCAUGGAAGAUGAGUCGACAUUCAACCCUCUGAAGAUUGACAUCUUUGUGCAGACGCUGCUGUUCCUGGGCCAGAAAUCCUUCAGUCAUUCCUUCAGUGCACUCGCUAAGUUCCACGAUGUGUUCAAAGUUCUUGCCGACUCGGAAGAGAGCCAGAUCCAUGUCCUGAAGAUGGUUCGGGAACUCUGGUGUAAUCACCAACAGAUGAUCUGUGUGCUGAUCGACAAGAUGCUGCGGACCCAGAUCGUGAGCUGCCCGGCCGUGGUCAACUGGCUGUUCUCUGGCUCCAUGAGCGGGGACUUCACCAAGCACUACGUCUGGGAGAUCCUGCACGCCACGCUGCGUAAGAUGAGCAAGCACGUGGGCAAGAUCACCGCAGAACUUCAGGAGGCCAGGGAGAAGGCUCAGAAGAAGAAAAAGAGUAUGGACAGUGAUGAUGAAGACUCGGAGGAAAGUGACUCUGACUCGGAUGCAGAAUCUCAGAUUGAGAGGUUGCAGGAAGCACUAGAAACGGCCCAGAGUGAACAGAAAAACUUGUUUCUCAUCAUCUUUCAGCGAUUCAUCAUGAUCCUGACAGAGCACAUUGUGACCAACGAGAACCGCGGCGUCACGUUCCACACGCCGUGGUAUGACUACUGCAUCCAGAGAUUAGAGCAGAUAUUCCUAAUGCAUUACAGCCAAGUCCUGGCCUACACGGGCACCCUAGAGGAUUUAGUCUUCACUGGCGACACCGACCCCAACAUCCUUAAAGUAUUUCAGCAAUUCCGCUCCCUCAGCUCAUGAU